ACAAAGAGCCAAAUCAUCUUCCUAAAAUUUGACGGAAUCUAUAAGAUAAUUUUCUCCCUAGGGAUUAGGGCUCACAAUCUCAAAUCUCUGAUUCUUCGAUACGAUAAAUUCUUCCUCGAUAUAGAAACCACUGAUUAGAUCCUAAUUCGUCGCCUAGCUCAAAAGAUGGUGCUUUCGCAAAAGCUUCAUGAAGCAUUUAAAGGAACAGUUGAGAGGAUCACAGGUCCUCGUACGAUCUCGGCGUUCAAGGAGAAGGGAGUUCUCAGCGUCAGCGAGUUCGUACUUGCCGGAGAUAAUCUCGUCUCCAAGUGUCCCACCUGGUCUUGGGAAUCUGGUGACGCAAGCAAAAGGAAGCCAUACUUGCCCUCGGACAAACAGUUUUUGAUUACUAGAAAUGUACCUUGUCUACGGAGAGCUGCUUCUGUGGCAGAGGAUUAUGAAGCUGCUGGAGGUGAAGUGUUGGUUGAUGAUGAAGAUAAUGAUGGUUGGCUGGCUACACAUGGGAAACCGAAAGAUAAAGGCAAGGAAGAGGAUAACUUACCAUCCAUGGAUGCCUUGGAUAUAAACGAGAAAAAUACUAUCCAAUCAAUACCUACGUAUUUUGGAGGUGAGGAGGAUGAUGAUAUUCCAGACAUGGAGGAGUUCGAUGAGGCUGACAAUGUGGUAGAAAAUGAUCCGGCAACUCUUCAGUCAACUUAUCUUGUGGCUCAUGAACCUGAUGACGAUAACAUUCUCCGAACUCGGACAUAUGAUCUCAGCAUAACGUAUGAUAAGUAUUACCAAACUCCUCGUGUUUGGCUGACCGGUUAUGAUGAGUCAAGGAUGCUGCUGCAACCUGAACUUGUAAUGGAGGAUGUUAGCCAAGACCAUGCUCGUAAAACGGUAAAAGGAAGACAAUCUCAACUGCAUCAAUUACCCUUUUUGUUAUUCCACCAAAGUUUUCCUGACUUAUGUCUUCUGAAUCUGACCAAUGUAGAGUAUUUUUGUGAUCGUCUUUCAAAAAUGCACAGGUCACAAUCGAAGAUCAUCCACACUUGCCUGGUAAACAUGCUUCAGUUCAUCCAUGUCGGCAUGGAGCUGUUAUGAAGAAAAUCAUUGAUGUAUUAAUGUCGCGUGGAGUAGAACCUGAAGUCGACAAGUACCUCUUCCUGUUCUUGAAGUUCAUGGCAUCAGUUAUUCCAACAAUUGAGUACGAUUACACAAUGGACUUUGAUCUCGGUAGCUCAAGCACCUAAUAUCAGAUUUAAACAAGUAUGUGCUCGUGAAUCCGGGAAACAAGUAUGGUCUCAUGGAUGGCUGGAUGGCUCUGCACUGUACAUAAAACAGAGUCCUCACUUUCAUUUCUCUCCAAGAUAAACUUUAAGGUGUUGUGGUUUAAUCACUCGUUUAUCUAAAGUUUACGCUGAUGAAUAGUAAUUUGUGACAAAACUCUGAAAACGGGUAUUUGAUCAAAACUGAUUCGGUGUGGUUCAAAAAACAGAAUGUGAUUUAGUGUGUUUAAUACACUCUUGCUUUGGAGAAGUUGGGCUUAAUAUUUAAAAUGACAAAUCACUAUAUUCUUAUU